AUGACAGAGUCGAAACUUUGUAAGACCAGGUUCGUCAUUCUCUCAGAUACCCACAAUGCCCUCCCAGGAGGUGCAUUCAAGCUUCCUAAGGGCGACGUCCUGAUACAUGCUGGGGACAUGACCAACCAGGGCUCCUAUUCAGAGCUGCUGAAAACCGUCCAAUGGCUCGAGGAAGCAGAUUUCGAAGCAAAGAUUGUCAUUGCAGGAAACCAUGACAUUACACUCGACUCGGACUUCUAUUCUCAGUACGGUCUACACUUUCACAACCAAGACCCACAGGAUACAGCAAGAUGCCAAGCGCUGUUGGACAACUCCCCCUCUGUUCUGUGGCUGAAGCAUGAAGCUGCCGUAGUCAAACUCAAAUCGCCGUCUGGUCCUCACACAGGUUUCAAGAUAUUCGGGUCGCCUCUCUCUCCGGCAGAUGGCAUGUGGGCAUUUGGAUAUAGAGUACAAGAGGCGGCACAGAUUUGGGAAAAUAUACCUCUGGACUCGGACAUUGUCGUAACACAUACUCCUCCAAAACAUCAUUGUGAUGAAAGAAAAGACCGCAGAGCUGCGGGAUGCGGAGCCUUACGGAAUGCACUUUGGAGAGUCAGGCCACGGAUGGCGAUCUGUGGGCAUGUGCAUGAAGGUCGAGGCGUGGAGCGUGUGCGCUGGGAUUUAUCAGGGCCGAAUAUCAAGUUCAAAGAAGGCACGGUGGAGCGAUGGGAAGAUCCGGGCUUGAAUAACAAGAAAAUCUCGUUGGUUGAUCUCACAAUCAAGGGACGAAAGCCUAUCGAUAACGAUGGGUUUGCCGGGGAUUUUGCAUCACAUGCGCGAAAUACGGGUGCCACGGCUAUCCAAUUCCCUGGGCCGGCUCUGGUUAUGGCCGAAGAAAAGCUGGGGGUCUCGCACUGGUCACAACCACGGCCCGCUACAGAACCGAGACUUUCACCGAUGACAGCAAGUCUGCUUGCUGCUCUGCCAGACCUACCACCUGCCACUCGUGGUCAAGGAGGUGUUCCCCCUUCCCCGAGGUGCGAUUUGGAGGCUUUAUCUGGCAGGAUGGGUCGUCGGGAGACAUGCAUCAUUAACGCAGCUAUCGUGAAGUCAAGCUGGCCGCAUGCGGGUGGAAGGAAGUUUAAUAAGCCCAUAGUUGUGGACAUAGAUUUGCCCGUUUGGGAAAAAUAA